AUGUGUCCGCAGAAGGACCGCUACCCGCUGAGCCACACGUUCGACUUCCGGAGCGGCCUGCCCAUGGCACGGUCGCUGCCGACCUCGUCACUGCAGCCGCAGCUGUUCGAGACUCGGCAGUCGAGGCCGCCGUCCGAGCUCCUCGACGGCGCUGCGCUGGGGAGCGGUCACACUUCCGAAGGGUCCCAGAGCACCGACGACGAUCCCUACAGGCACCGACGAAGGAGGCCGACCGCCUUCAAGAACUUCCUGCCAAACUUCGCCAUCAACGACAAAAAGGUUUUGCACUUCCAAGGCUACUUCCGGGAGGAAGUGGACAACUCUCCGCUGGAACAGUACCGCGUCCGGCCCGUGGACAUUUUCUACUUCCUCGAAGACGACAGCAUCUCGGUACGAGAACCCAAGCAGGAAAACAGCGGUCUGAGCCAGGGUUGCGUGCUGCGGAGGCACCGCAUCCGCAAGUCGGACGGCCGCUGCUUCCACUGGAGCGACCUGAACGUGGGCAACGCCAUCUCUCUCUACGGCGUCACCUACAAGAUCGUCAACUGCGACAAGUUCACCAGGGACUACCUCCGUCAGCAGGGCGUGGAGGUUCGGCCGCCCGAGCCGCUGCCCGAGGACCCGUACACGGCCAGCCGGCGCAUCCUGUCGCAGCAGCAGCGCAAGCUGCACACCACCAAGAGCCAGCGGGACAAGCUGUGGCGCUUCCUGCGCUACGACCGCCACGUCCUGCGCUUCUUCUGCGUCGAGGACGGCAAAGGCGUGGUCGACCCAAGGCACCGAAAGAAGCUCGUGCUGCAGUACUUCUUGGUGGACGACACCCUAGACCUGAAAGAGAUGCACCGGCCUCUGGAACAACGGGAGCUGGCGCCGAUUCUGCUGGGACGCCAGAGGAUUCCCAAAGCGCAGGAAAGCAGGGGCUUGUUCCACAAGUACGAAAUGGAACGCGACGGGGACGAGUACAUAGGACCUGGGGACCUGCAGCCGGGGAGGCAGCUCAACAUCUACGGGCGCAGCUUUCUCAUAUACGACUGCGACGACUUCACCAAGAACUUCUAUCGCGAGCACUUCGGGGUGGAACACUUUGACGUCAUAGACGUUGACGUGAAGGAAGAAGAGAGGCCACAGCAGCCCGUUCCCCCGCACAACGGGUUCGGCUCCCCCGAGGACACCUUGCAGUCGGUGCUAAGGAUAACUCCUCGGAGGGCGCGAAGGGACAGCCGCCUGGUCCUGGAGAAGGAGGGCAUCGUCCUGCGGUUCCAGGCGACUCUCGACAGCACGCUUCCCCUGGACAGGGAGCGCAGCUUCGUGAUCUGCUUCUACCCCUCGGACGACACGGUGUCCAUCCUGGAGCGCCCGCUGCCCAACUCCGGCGUUCCGGCCGGAAAGUUCCUGCGUCGCAUGAGGCUACGGAAGCCGGCCCCGCUCGACGGUUUCCCGCCGCAUCCGCCAGCGGCCGAGCCGCGGUACUACGAGAUCUCGGACUUCCGAGUGGGCAACGUGAUCGAGGCCGUCGGCAGGCGCUUCGUCAUCGUCCGCGCCGACCAGUUCGCGGCCAACUACAUCAAGCGCCACCACAUGGAAACGUUCGCGAAUGGGCGGAUUCAGAGCACCUCUGCAAACGGAGGUCACCAGGUCAACGGCCAGCUUCUAACAGACCCACAGGGAGAAGAUUCCACGCCUUCUUGA